UUGUUGUCACUCAAUCAGUUCUUCUUAUCUUGUUUACUUGCAUACGCUGGUCGUUGAGAGAGCGAAGAGAGUGUAUCUUCUGUGAAGAACCUUUGUGCUGUGUGGAGGUGACUUGUCUUUUCAUUGUACAACUUGAAAGAAAAAAGAGAAGUCAACUUCUUUCAUGAUGCUCUGAGAUACGCUGGGCGUGCGACAGACUCCUCACCCUCCGCCUGCGCUGCGCCCGUAUCCGUGCAACGGCGACAAGACGGACGCCCAACAACACCAGCAAACACAACACAGAACCCCUCGUAUACCUCUUUGACACCAUUUGAAACCCCUUCUGGUUCUUCUUCAACCUCUCUUCUACACUAUUGCCUAUUUUUUUUAAUGGCAAUGGCGCAGACCAGCAGUUCGUUACCGGGUCACCUACACGGUCACGGCUUCGGGCAUGGUAAUCAACACGGCCAUGGGCAUGCUAAAAUAACAAAACCUCGCAGUCGACCUGCUGUGAAGCCCAUCCUCAAGAAACUGCAAUCGCACCACUCCCACUCGGAAAAGAAUUCUCUCGAUUUGGAUCGCGGUUGGGACGAGCAGGGUCAAUUUGGUUAUUCCUCGUAUAAUGUGGACGGCGACGACUCGUCUUAUACGGCAGGUGCAUCAGCACUGCCAACACCUGCCGCACGCGCACGCGAUGUCAGCUUCUCUAUAUCGGCCACGGAUCUGAGCAAUGGAGGUGCUCGCUCAAACAAGUAUUCGCAAGGGCAUGCUCGUUCUACCAGUGGCACUUCUCAUGCUUCUAUUGCGACUUCUGCUAGCGGUGGCAGAAACGGCUCCUUUGUGCAUCCUUUCCAACAAACGCCGCGCACCUCAACACCACCUCUCUCCUACGCCAACUCGCUCGCUUCCCUGGACAAUACCACCGGACCUCGCGAUUAUUCUCCCACGAUAACUGAGAACGAAGACAAUAUCGACUCUCAGAGCCUUCAGACUUCGACUCGUGCCUAUCAUUCUGGUUCCCGGCCCCGCCGUCCCUCUCUUGCUAGUCAGCGCACCAGCUCGUUAUCAGAUGUGACUCAACCGCUGCGCAUCACUACCAACGGCCGCGCCGCCCCAGGAAUAUCUGCGCGAAAGCCUCAUGGCAUCGUGACUCGCAGCCGAUCUGACCUCCACCUGAACACAGGCUCAACCACGGCUCUCGACUCUGCGUCAAGCACCAGCCCACCUUCUGGUUCCUUUGUUUCGCCCCAGAUGAUCGCUGCGUCUACAUCUUCCAACGCAAUGUCGCCACUCCGGAGCUCUCUCGACAUGAGCGGUUUCCGUCUCCGCUCACGCAGCGAGGUUGACACUGUCACCCGCCAGGAGAACGUCCGCGAGGCCCGUCGUAAGUUUGAGGAAAAAGAACGAGCCAAGGAGGAAAAGUACGCCCGUGAGCAGAUCCGCAAACAGGAACGUGCAGAGAGUCGCGAAGCCCACCGCUUCAACAAGAAUGGUCGCAAGGGUAGCUUUGGAACCUCUCGAAUCUCGUGUGAUCGUGUGUCCAGUAGUACUGACAUCCGACCUUCGAUCUCCCGUAAGACUACCGGCACUGGCGUGGGUCUGGGGUUGACCACCGAGAACGAGAAGGUCGACUUUGGUACCCGCAGCUACGAUACUGUGCCUACAGGCCAGACACCUGGCGCUAGAGCUGACGAUGUGCACUUUCAAUCAACUCACCGAACCAAAACCACCAAGCGAAAAACUACCAGUGCUUGGACCGCUUUUGUUCUGUGGUUGAGAACGCGACUGCUCAAGCUUGGUCGAAGAUAGGAGAAUUUUGCCAGCGAGACCAAAACCAAACUCAAGACCAAAUUCUCUGGCCCAAAGAAGGGAUUCGUUGUCAGAACUCCCUAUCAGCAAUACCAGCCGCGACAGCAGACCAGCGCCUUUGACGCAUACUGCUCAUCACCAUAUGCUCCUCGCCGAUGAAUCCACGAAUGCUUUUCUCGGCAGAUACUCGGCGAGCACAAAUUUACAGCUAGCCAUAUCCUUCACUACGAUACCUUGAAUUUCACCUACGGGAAGCAGUAUAUCCCUCACUUCCCAUUCGCCCACGUAUAACGCAAGCGCACUCACGGCCUUUGGAGCAAUGUGGCAUGGAAACAAGCGAGUUUUCACGGCCAGGAGGGACGUUAUCUUUUGACAUUUUAUAGGCAAGGAGUUGGGGUUUACCACUUUUGUUUUUUCUUCUACUUCUACGAUUGACAUGCAUGGUUGCAUCAACGGACUCGAGCUACGCGGGAUGACAUAAAGAACUUUGUUCUUUGAUAUGGGACGAUUUGUUGCAUUGUUGUUUUUUUCGAGUAUCAUUUCCAGCUCGGCUUGUACGGCUGUGGCAUAUCGGAUGGAACGGCUUAGGCGCUUCUACCAUAGAACCGGAUCAAAACAUGAACAGACAUGACCGGCAAUUUGCCUCACUCACGUUAACGUUACGUCUCCUCCCUCUCUUGGCAAACAUCCUGUGAAGUAGCACAGCCCCCA